AUGCCCUUCUAUCCUCCACCAUGGGUUCCAAAGCUUCCAUUCGAUCCGCCCGACUCGAUCCCCAUCUCCGACUUCAUGUUGGAUGAGAACUACGGCCGCCAUCCGCUUGGUUAUUCACACAAUCCCUUUACUUGCGGCGUGACAGGCAAGACGUAUGAGAGCCUCGAGGUUCGAGAACGCGUCGACUAUCUUGCCCGGGGGUUGGCCAAGGAGCUUGGCUUCGACCCAAACAAAGGAUCCGAAUGGGACAAGGUCAUUGCUGUCUUCUCUCUGAAUACCAUUGACACACUCCCCUUGGCAUGGGCCACCCAUCGCUUAGGCGGUAUCCAGACGCCCGCCAACGCUGCCUACAGCGCCUCUGAACUCGAAUAUCAGCUGAAGAACUCGCACGCAAAAGCUCUCUUCACAUGCGUUCCUCUAUUGGAAACGGCACGGGCAGCCGCUAAGAACUGUGGAAUCCCUGAAAACCGCAUAUAUAUUCUCGAGUUGCCAGAGAAGAUCGCGGGAAAGAGCACACCCAAGGACAAGAAGACGGUGGAUGACUUCAUCCGCGAAGGCUCAAAGCUUGACCGCUUACCACCAUUGAACUGGGGGGCCGGUGAGGGUGCUCGAAGGACCGCGUUCCUUUGCUACUCCAGUGGUACCUCUGGUCUGCCUAAAGGCGUCAUGAUCUCACACAAAAAUGUCAUUGCCAAUACGCUACAAAUCGCAACUUUCGAAAAGCCGUACCGAGACACCAUCAUCAACGAUGUACGAAACCAAUCCGACUACACUGAAAUGACACUGGGUCUCUUGCCCAUGUCGCACAUUUACUCGCUGGUUGUCAUUUGUCAUGCCGGCGUUUACCGUGGCGAUGGUGUGGUGGUUUUACCAAAGUUUGAGUUUGAGAAUACUUUGCAGGCGAUACAAGAUUACAAAAUCAACGCGUUGUUCUUGGUUCCCCCGAUCAUCAUUCAAAUGACGAAGAAUAAAGACUUGCUCAGCAAGUAUGACCUCAGCUCCGUCUGGUCACUGUUCACCGGUGCAGCACCUUUGGGACAAGAAACAGCCGAGGAUCUGCAAAAGAUAUUUCCCUCAUGGAAGAUCAGACAAGGCUAUGGCCUCACGGAAACCUGCACUGUUGUAACCUCAUCGGCGCCGGAUGAUAUCUGGUACGGCUCUUGCGGCUCCAUAAUUUCAGGUGCAGAGUGCAAGAUUGUAACUCCCGAGGGUACCGAGGUCACUGGAUAUGACCAACCGGGCGAGCUGCUUGUCAAGUCGCCUUCAGUUGUGCUAGGAUAUCUCAACAACGACAAGGCCAACCAGGAAACAUUCCAGGAUGGUUACAUGCGUACUGGAGACGAGGCUGUCAUCAGAAAGUCGCCUUCUGGCAACGAGCAUGUGUUUAUUGUCGACCGCAUCAAGGAGUUGAUCAAGGUUCAGGGACAUCAAGUCGCGCCAGCAGAACUCGAAGCUCAUCUUUUGACGCACCCUGCUGUCAAUGAUUGCGCUGUGAUCCAGAUUCCAAAUGAGAAGACUGGAGAAGUACCCAAAGCCUUUGUUGUCAAGGCAGCCUCUGUGAACUCCAAGGAUGACAGCACCCUUGCGCGCGAAAUCCAGAAGCAUGUUGAAGACCACAAGGCGAGAUACAAGUGGAUUAGCGGCGGAAUCGAAUUCAUCGAUGUCAUCCCCAAAUCACCGUCCGGAAAGAUUUUACGACGAAUGUUGAGGGACAAGGAAAAGGAAAAGAGAAGACAGACCGGAAGCAAGUUGUAG